AUGUUUCCCAAGGCCACGGUGACCCUCGAAGACCACAUUGCAACUCUUCGAGAUAUUUCUGACGAGAUUCGAUUGCAGGGACGCACUGCGGUAGAGUCUUUGUGGUACGAAUACUGGGAUACCGCCCUGAACUUUUUUGGUUUAUCCCUGGCUCGCCGAUCACAACGCGUUACUAUUUCCCCGCAGAGGGGAAUUUCUCGAGACGCGUUACGACGUGCGGUGGAACUACCUGCUGACUAUGCAGAAUGGAGCACAGAAGUCCAGCUUGGUGAUCUCGAAAUUCUGACGGAAGACCUUUCCAUCCAGGAUGACGAGGAGACACGCAAACCCGCCCUUUUGGAACACUUUGUUGUCCUCGUCACGAAGGGCCGAUCACCUCAAUCUAUCCUGCUGAUCGUCGAGGUGAAAGCAUUCGAUACGGCGGCCAAUAUAUCGGACCUGGAACUUGCAAAGGACGAAGUGGAGGAUGCACGCGAACAAAUUAUUACCCAAGCAAAGUUUGCGUUCGACGCCUUCCGGGAACAAGAUCGUUUGUUUAUAAUGCGCGCACCGUGUGACUAUUGGCAAUUGGUAGAGUUUCGGCGCGAAGACCUGGUAACCCUUCCGGUGCAUAAGCUACGGGACAAAGACGUAGAAAGCUACGCACAACCCACUAUGAAAGACAAGCUCUUCUACAACAGUGGAGUCUAUCCUGUGUUGAACGACGACAGGACAGACUACCAUCCACAGUGGAAGGCGAAGAUGAAACGGAUCCUCAAUCGGCUUGGAGUGGAAUAUGACUCCGAGGACUGA